GCGGAGGGAGGGAGGAUCCCCCGCUCUCCCCGCGGUCCCGGGCUCGGUUCCCGGCGGGAUGGUCGCCAUGCCCCUGAGGAAGCCCCCGGGCAAGCGGCACAGCUCGGACUCUGGCGUGGAGCCGGACCGCGGGGCGCUGCCCCAGGAGCGGGACCAGCGCCCCGGGCUGUCCCAGGAGAAGAAGGAUCAGCGCAUCGCGCUCUUCCUCAGCGACUUCGACCAGCAGGCCAAGGAGCACGUCCAGGAGAUGAAGAAGGAGCUCGAUGCGCUGUUGCAAACAGCUGAGAAGGCGUUUGCAGUGGAGCUGCUGACGAUGCCGGCUGCCAUCAGGAAAAUGAAAAGGAAAGACUUGCUCAUUACAGAUUUGCAAGGAAGGGAGGAAGUGGCUCUUGCUGCUGCAGUGACUGACUGCUCUCUAGAAGACAUACCAAAUCCAAAACUGGUGAGGACCAACAGCAAAAAAGUUAAGGUAACUACAAUUGUCGAAUAUGAAGAUGCCAAGCACAGUUCUGCAAAGAAAGUAACAAAAAAAAUUUCCAAAACCAAGUCGUUGGUUUCAUUGGGCUCUGGUUUAAAUAGCAAACUGAACCCUCUUUCUAGUGCCACAAAUCUCAGAGCCACUCCAAAGGUACCCAACAGUGCUGGAUUACAACAGACUGUCUCAAGAACUUUACCUACCCGUGGAAGAGUUCAAGGCAUGUUAAAAAGAAGUAAAUCAGUACCCCAGAAUAAACCAGUUCCAUUUGUAAACAUUCCUCUGGCUGAUGGACAGACACUCUGUACAGCUGGUGGAGACCUCCGUAAUAUUGAUGUGCAACUACUAAAUCAGGAUACAGUACAGCACAUUCAUAACUUGGUGAGUGAGCUGACUGUACUGUGUGGAAAGGCAACAGCUAAACCAAGUUAAUGGAACUGUCUUGUGCCCACAGGAUAUUGGUGACAGCUCUUGCAUGCUGCCUCUGAAGUGUUUAGAUAAUGUUUGUUAUGUCUUAAUAAAGCUGUAUAGCGCCCAGUAAA